AUGUAUAGCUUCAAAGUAAUUUUUGAUACAGGUUCAUCAUAGAUGUGGUUACCAAGUAUUAAUUGUCAAAGAUGUAAUAAAAAUUAAAUUGGAAUUGUUUGUGAAUAACCAACAUGCAUUCCAUCAUAAGAAUAAGCUUCAAUAACUUAUCAUGUGGGAGCAUUAAUUGGAGUUAAAUGUUUGGGCAUGUUCUCAAUAAACGAGCAUUUCGAUGAAUCUCAGUUUAUUUUAGUUGAUGAAGUAACUGGAAUGGAAGGAGCAAUCUAUGAUGGAGUAGUAGGACUAUAAUAAUCAUCUAAUCAUUCUUUUAUUGAGUGGCCCAUCAGUUUUUAUUAUAAUUUUGAAAACUCUAAUCGUUAAUCUUCAAUAACUUUUGGAGGUUAUGAUGAGAGCUUGUUCAACAAGGAAAUAAGAUAUGUUAAAUCCGAUGAAUAAUGGAUCAUUUCAUCAGAAAAAAUAGACAUGAAUGGCAUUUUAGGAGUUGAUCUUUAUGCCAUGAUCGAUUCUGGAAGCUCUUUACUGAUCUUCCCUAAAAAUAUAUUAGUGAAUUUAUAAAAUGUAUUCACUAACUGUGUGUGGACAGAAAUCAUUAAAUGCUCCUGUCCAACUAAUGAUAUUUCUGAAUUUCCUACAAUAAAAAUACUUUUAGAUAGCUAAGAAUUCUCAUUAGAACCAUAAUUCUAUAUUCACACAAAUAAUCACGAACCUAUAUGUUAUGUAUUGAUAUCAAAUAUUAGAUCACAUAAUGACUAAUUAAUGAUUUUAGGUAGUCCUUUUAUGAGGAAGUAUUACACAAUAUUUGAUAAACAAAAUAGUUAGAUUGGUUUAGUUGAGUCCAUUCAUUAUUAAGAAUCAAAUUAAAAGAAUCUACUCAAGAACUUCUUCACAUUGAUUGGCUGCACUAUUAUAGCAAUUGGAAUUAUAAAGAUUGUCAAUUAUGUUAUGGAAUACGAAUUAAGAAAAUACAAUAAUCAGAAAUCUUUAAUGGUAUGA